CUCUCCUGUGAGGGGCCAUGAGUGCAUACAUCCAUGCUCGGGGCUGAUCUUUGACUCCUGUGUAGGCGGAGUGAGGGCGGUGUUAGACGGUUUGGCCCCCGUGGCUCUCCGUAGAUCACGGCCUGGGCGUCGGCAGUUCACUCACAGCUGCUCCUGCGUAGGAAACUCAGCACCAAACAUCUCUUCACCUCACACAGAGCUCGGAGGUGUCUCUUACAUAAACAAAAACUUAAUAUAAAUCCUAAAAAAAUGCACUCAGUCACGCUGGACAGCAGUGGUUCACCAAAGAAGCGGACGUUAUCUCGGGGGCUGAGUGAGGAUGAGUCUCUGCGCAGCAUUAUAAAGGAGACCGAGAGUUCAUCCAGGCGUCUGACACGAAGCGACAGCCGAGGAGGCACCCUGAAGAGGACAAGUGACAGUCAGCCUUCAGACCAGGACCUUCUCAUGGGACUUCCAGAAAUGCUGGAGCUGCAGGCCAGCUAUGACGAGGUGGUGCAGGAGCUGCGUGGGCUGGAGGUCGAGCGAGAGGCUCUGUUGUUCCAGGUGGACGUCCUGCAGGACACACUGGAGGGUGUAGAGGAGCUGCUGGCUGAGGCCCAGAGGGAAGCUGGACAGGCUAGUUUGGAACUGGAACGAGAGAGGGAGGCCAAGAGUAAACUGGAGAGCAUGGUCUGCUCUCUGAUGCAAGAGGUGGAGAGAUUAAGAGAGGAGAGGAAUAAUACACCAUCUGCUCCAGCUAACACUCAUGGAGGUGCAGACGAGGGAACAAAACAAGGACACCGAUUGAAAAAUGAUGCAAUUGAUUUGAUGACAGAGUCCUCGCUGUGUGACCCUCGCAGCAGUGAAAGCAGAGGCAGAGCAGAGGAAGUGGGACUGAGUGAAGGGGCAGAUGAUGACGGGAACGCCCUGUCCAAGCUGAGGAAGAUGGUCAAUAGGCCCCUGAGCCACAUGCCCACUCUUGCUGUGGACAACCCAUUCUCUGAGGACGGGAUCCUGCAGAGGCCUUACGAAAACGAUAUCCAGGACGGACGAGACGACUCAGACAGCAUAAGUGCCUACGAGGACGCAUCUGCUGAGACUCCAGAGCAGGACAGGGUGUUUCCAGGUGAAGGGGACACUAUAGAGCUUCCUGAAGAUUCAGAGAAAAGUCCAAACAACGGUCUGGUCAAUGAUGCGGAGACCCAGGACCCCAAGAACCCCGACGGUUGUGUUGUGUCUUAAUCUCUUUUAUCUUCUACUGGACAAAAGGUGAACGAUUAUUGAUAAUUUGGUGUAAUUCAAUAGCUAUUUGAUUUGCAGUUUACACACAUCUGAUAUUUAUGUUGUUAGAAAAUUCAAAGUCCAACAAUCACAUUUAAAGUUGUAAUUAGAGCUCCAGUAAGUAGUCGAUUGAAAGAAAAUUGGUUUGCAGCUAUUUUGACAAUUAAUCGUUUUGGUGAUUUCUAAAAAAAAACAUGCCAAACAGCUGCUGGCUUUAGCUUCUCAGAUGUGAGGAUUGGCUGCUCUUCUUUGUCAUAAUUAUAUAGUUAGAGAAAUAUUAUUGGGAUUUGGACCACUGGUGGGAAUUUGAAGACCCCACUUUAGGGAAAUUAUAAUGCAAAUUUAUUUACUAUUUUUGACAUUUUAUAACUUAACAAUUAAUCUGUAGCUUAAUUGAUAAUGACAGUAAUGGUUAGUCGCAGCCUGAGUUGUAAUACACUGAAGUAGGAUUUUAAGUUUCAGUUUUAAAUUCACAGCAAGGGAACUCAGUCAGCAUCCAGGUGGUUUACUAGCUGAAAUUCCACUAAUGACUACUUAAUAUUAUUUGCCAAUACUUUCUUUUUAAUAUCCGUCUGAACGUCUUUUUAUGAAAUUUGUGGACAGACAUGGAAAAUAGUCCAUGCUGCUUUGACUGUUUACCUCUUUAAUCUUUUAAUAAGGUUUGUUUGUGUAGUAACAGCUGCCAGGACACACAUCAGGAUUUACCUGUCGGCAAAAUAUGGUGAGCUCUGUAAGUGUCCGGACAGGGACUGUUGAUGUUUUGUUUUUGGGAGAGGCAGUCUGAACAUUUCAGACACAGAGCUGUGAAAUGCAUAUAUAGCUAUUCUUUGUGGCAGCUCUCAGCUGCUGUAGAGCUCACUGUACAGAAGGUUUAGGAGAUUUUUGACAUUGGUUUUUGGAAGGUCAGCUACAGGUAAUCAAAGGCAGUUGUUUGAAAGCUUAUGGGAUACAGAUUUUUUUUAAGUAAGGGAAAGUGCCAUCAAUUUGCUGCCUUGCUGAUCUUUACAAGAAUUAUUUUUAUAUCUUUCAUAUUUGUCCCCUUUUCCUGUUUUUUUUAUGUUGAAUUUAGGGAAAUUAAUUUGGCUGCAUUUGCACUUUGAAAGUUCUUGUAUCGUGGAAAAAAAAUUGUUCUCUUACAUUGGAAACAACAUUCCCUUUAAGGGACAGUUCACGUCGAAAUCAAAAAUACAUAUUUUCCUCUUACCUGUAGUGCCAUUCAUCAGUCUAGAUAGUUUUGAUAUGAGUGACUGAGUGUUGGCGAUAUCAGCCAUAGAGAUGUCUGCCUUAUCUCCAAUAUUUUAGAACAAGAUGACACUCAGCUCAUGGUGUUCAAAGCACCAAAAAAUACAUUUUAAAAACUCAACAGUCAUCCACAGACCUUUUUGCGAGCGUUUUCUCUCUACCGACCUACACCGACACAGGCAUUACCACACAAAAGGAAGCAAACAUUUUCCGUCUAUGAAGAGGUGCACAAUUCCUUCUGCGUAGUGAUACAGUUUGUGGGUGUAGCUCAGUAGAAAGAAAAUAGUUCCUACAUGAUACUGUUCACAACGCCAAAAUAAUCUAGACUGAUAAACAGCACUAUAGGUAAGAGAUAAAAUAUGUAUUUUGAUUUUGGGGUAAACUGUCUCUUCAGAACCAAACACGUCAGUGUGAGGUGAUCAGCUGACCCGCUGCAGGCUGCAUUCUCUCUGCCUCUCUGGUAAAACUGUACGUUUGCACAAUUAUAGUGAAACUUGCUGAAAUUAGUCUUUUUGGAAUGUCUCCGAUUGCUGUAAACACUUUGUAUUUAAUCACAUUUUCUAUGGUUGUUUUCUACUAUGUUACAUUUCUUUUAUGCUUGAGGCAAGAAUAGACCAUCUCACCUCAUUUGUGAUCGUUUGCAUGAGCAUCUAAGAAUGUAUUUCCAAAUUGCACAUGAAUUGAUCUUUGUCAUAUAUUAGUACUUUUGCACGCAGUACACAUAUUAAAUAAUACUUUGAUCUAAGGUAAUUACUGCGACAAUUGGUGUUUUAAAGGGAUUUUAUUUAAUUUUUUUUCAUAUAAUGUAUCAUUCUGU